CCACGGACUGGAGAUGCUUGGGUUGUGUUUCUCUACUUGCAUAUUUGAGUGUUCUUGAACAUUCUGUUGGGUAAAUCCCAUGUUAUUAGAUAAGAAGUAUAAUAACUAUUGAAGGAACCUGGGGUGAAAACUGUGUCAUGCUGGUUUUAAAUAUCAAUGAAAAGGGUGCACCUUUGUAGUUCACUCUACUGUGGAGGGCUAUCCAAUCUGUUGAAUGCAACAGUAUUGUAUGAAGAUUUCUGCUUGAAUAAAAACUACUCUGCUGAAACGCAAUUGAAGUAAGAGACUUGAAGUUUUCUUACAAGAAGCAAUGUUUCUAUAUCUUGUUGGCUUGAUUGCACUUGUAGCCCUGUACCGGUGGUACAGAGAGACGAAAAGGGUUCCAAACGUAUCUGACAAAUACGUGUACAUCACUGGUUGUGAUUCCGGCUUUGGAAACUUGUUGGCCAAACGAUUGGAUGAACUAGGCUACCAUGUGAUUGCUGCCUGCUUUACAGAGAAGGGCGAAGAUGAUCUGAAAAAAAGUUCAUCUAAAAAGCUUAUGACAAUUCAUGUUGAUGUGACAAAUUCUGAAAGCAUUCAGAAAGCUGCAGCGUUUAUAAAGUCCAAAGUUGGAGAAGCAGGUCUGUGGGGUCUUGUCAACAAUGCUGGCCUAUCUGUGCCUGCUGGUCAAUGUGACUGGCUGACAAUACAGGACUACAAAAAAAUGCUGGAUGUGAAUUUGAUGGGAGUAAUAGAGGUGACACUAAGUGUUAUCCCACUCAUUAAGAAAUCCCAAGGGAGAAUUGUAAAUGUUGCUAGUGUCUUUGGAAGAAUAAGCCCAGUUGGUGGAGCUUACUGUAUUUCUAAAUAUGGUGUUGAGGCCUUUAAUGACAGUCUGAGGAGAAACCUGAAGGAUUUUGGAAUUAAGGUUCUGUGCAUUGAACCUGGAUUUUUCAAAACAGCAGUUACUAAUACUGAGAUUAUGGAAAAAAACAUUCACAAUCUCUGGGAGAAACUGCCACAGGAGGUCAAAGAUGAUUACGGAAGUGAUUAUGUGGAAAAAGUGUUGAAAUUAAUGAAGGAGCAAAUGCCCAAACUGUCUGACCCAGACCUGAUGAAGGUGGUGAGCUGUAUGGAGCACGCUAUCUCAGCUGUCUAUCCGCGAACGCGAUACUCUCCUGGAUGGGAUGCCAAACUCUUCUGGCUCCCUCUUUCUUACAUGCCAACGCUAAUUGCUGAUUAUGUGCUUGCCAGGGAUAAUGUUAAACCUGCAAAAGCUGUUGUCUAAUAUCCAAGUCUUGAAUUGUAACCAGACAUAUACUGUGUUACAACUAAAUUUGUUCUCAUGCAGUUCUGGGAAUGUGGGAUUUUAGGGACAAGUAACAAAAAUGCACUUAUACACUUACAACUUUAAAUUGUCUUUCAAUCUUGCGGCUUUAGUGCACUGACAGUAUAAGGAUUAUUGCCCACAUUGUCAAAUAGGUAACACAACAAUAAUGAUCUAUGAUGUGGUAUGGAACAGAAAAG